CUUAAAUACGGGUAUAGCCACACUCACAGCAUACGCACAAGCAACUCUUACCAUCAGUCCAGCAUAUCGCAGCAUCAAAGAUCUGACAUAUCCUUUACAAUGACCUCCAACUUCCCUCGACGCUCACUUGGUGACACCACCGUCUCCGCCCUUGGUCUCGGAUGCAUGGGCAUGUCUACAAUGCUCUUCAUGGGCAUGACUCGGAAUGAGGACGAGGUCUUCGACACCCUUAGCAAGGCAGCCGACAUGGGUAUCACUUUCUGGGAUACUAGCGAUUUCUACGGCGACAACGAGCAGCUUAUUGGGAAAUGGUUCCGCAAGACUGGUCGCCGGAACGAGAUCUUCCUUGCCACCAAAUUCGGCUGCGUCCGUGGUAGUACUCCAGGCCAAAUCACAGUUUCGGGAACGCCAGAGUAUGUCAAAGCUGCUUGUGAACAGAGUCUCAAGACACUUGGCGUCGACUAUAUCGAUCUGUACUACCAGCAUCGCGUAGAUACGAACACGCCCAUUGAGAAGACGGUAGAGGCUAUGGCACAACUCAAGGAACAGGGUAAAAUCCGUUACCUUGGAUUGUCGGAGUGCUCUGCCCGAACCCUGGAGCGAGCUUGCAAGGUCCACCCGAUUGCGGCGUGCCAGAUGGAGUUUUCUCCAUUCGCCAUGGAGGUUGAGGAGACUGGGUUUCUGGAAACGGCACGAUCGCUUGGUGUGAAAAUCGUCGCCUACUCUCCUCUUGGCCGUGGCUUUCUCACCGGAGCAAUCAAGUCUAGGGCCGACAUGGAUCCCAAGGAUAUGCGCUUGCACAUGUAUCCGCGCUUCUCCGAGGAGAACUUCCCAGGGAACAUCAAGCUGGUCGAGAUCUUCGAAAGUAUUGCAAAGGAGAAGGGCUGCACGACCAGCCAGGUUGCUUUGGCUUGGGUGUUGGCUCAGGGUGAUGAUUUCAUUCCAAUUCCAGGGACCAAGCAUAUGAAGUAUUUGCUUGACAAUGCAGGAGCUGUGCAUAUAAAAUUCACAAAAGAAGACGAGCAACGUGUUCGAGACGGUCUGGACGCGAUUGGUGGCGCAAAGGGAGCUCGAUAUCCGGAAUCAAUUCUCUCCACGUGCUUUGUGGACAGCCCUGAAAUUUAA